UGUUUACCAAAAAGUUGCGCUAGACAACAGAAAAUACUGCGCAUGUCAACAAUUCAUUUCCGAAAAUCGUGUAUUGCUCUACGGCAGCCGUGCCUCAAACUACAGAGAAAUGGAAAUGAAGUACAUUGCCUUCUAUUUAACCGUUGGUGUUGUGAUAUGUGAAUACGAGGGACUGGAUCCAACAGGAGGAGUUUCUGCGCAAAACAAGUUAAAGAUUGUAGACUUAUUCAAAGUUGAAGAUUGUGGGAUGCAAUCGCAGCAAGAUGAUGUAAUUCAUUGGAAUUAUAAAGGAAUGCUUUUAGAUGGACAUGUAUUUGAUAGUGGAAAGUUUAAAGCUACUUUAGGACAUUUUCACGUGAUAACAGGAGUUGACAAAGGUAUGAGAGGGCUAUGCGUGGGAGAUAAACGCAGAAUGAUAAUACAUUCUGACUGGGCCUACGGAGACAAAGGUAUUCCAGGUACAAUACCUCCAAAAGCAACUCUCAUAUUUGACGUCGAACUUACGAGUAUUGAAAGAAACGGAAAAAUAGAAAACCUAGAAGAUAAAAUGAAAAAACCCCCCGUUGUUUCAAAAGAUAACAAACUUAAGAUUGAAAUUACUCACGAAGCCAAGGAAUGUCCCUUACGCUCACAACAAGACGAUAAAAUCGAGUGGUAUUAUAAAGGAACGUUUCUUGAUGGUACUGAGUUUCAUAGUGGGAUGUUUACAGCAACAUUGGGUCAUGGACACGUUAUUACUGGAGUAGACCAGGGAAUGAGAGGUAUGUGCGUAGGUGAUAAACGUAGGUUAAUUAUUCACUCAGAUUGGGCAUAUGGCGAUGAAGGGCGACCAGGAACAAUACCUCCUAAAGCAACUUUAGUUUUUGACGUAGAAAUGAAAAAUAUUGUCAGAACUUCGACAAAAAACGAACUUUAGCAGUUUCCGUUAUUAGAUUUUGUAUUAUAUUUGUUUUGAUGUAAUAAAUAAAAUUCAAUACUUUUA